GAGGCAGAGGUUAGGGUGUUUGGCAGAUAAUUCCAAUGACUUGGGAGAGGAACAAUUAUUUUUCAGCAGUUCAUUUCCAGUUACCGGAGCGGAGCGUUUUCUCGUUCAAAGAAGUUUCUACGGAAAUUUAUACAGUUUUGCUCAAAGUUAGGAAAGAAAUGCCUAGCAACAAUCACAAGUACGAGGCGGCCGAGGUGGAAGCCGCCUUCCAAAAAAUGUCAACCUACAACCCCACCGAGAAAUGCAUUAAGGUCUCCGACUUCGAGGAAAUGCUCGUCAAAACUCUGAACUACGCCAGCACCCCGGAACAAGUCGCGACCUACAAAGCCAUGUGGGCCGGGCCGUUCGGGGGCGUAAUUCCGCUAGAGGUUUUCGCGCCGAUCAUGGGAGCAGUCUCGGACGACGUGGAACUCAUGCGAAUCUUCAUCACGGCGAUAGACAAGGACAAAAACGGAUUCAUUGAUGCGGACGAAUUCAAAACGGUUGUCUUAGUUUUGCUCAUACACAAUCCGAAUUUUCCGAAGGUGGAUUAUGACAAGUUUGUCGUGGAAGCGGACACGGAUCACGACGGGAGAAUCAGUAUUGAUGAGGCCGUCGUCUGGUUUGCGAAGCAGGCGGGGAGAAUGCUUUAAAAAUUAAAUUAGUUGUUGUCGUAUUAAACACUUAAAUAAUUAAAAAAUUGUCUGGCAUUUAUCCCGAUAUUUAUAUUGGAAAAUUUAAAAUAUUUCGAAACAUUUAGAAGUUUUCAAUCUGUUUAAGCGAGAUUCAAUAGUCAAUAUUUAUCUGAAUGUAACGCAACAACGAAAAAGUUUCGUAAAUUUAAUUAAACCGGAAUAAUGCAUUAAGAAUAAGGAAAAUAUGCUAUUAUGCAAAAUUUUGUUUUAUUUAACUCCAAAUCCGUAGAUAGUCUGGUAAAAAUUGCAAAUUAAAAAAGUUAACCUGUAGUUGUUAUAGAAACCACAUAAUAAAUAAAUAUUGUAGUAUGAUGUUGCACAUGCCAUUUUUCUCCACUUUCAGGAAAGUCAGUCAUGGGAAUUAUCUGCAUGAAUGCACCCUUAAUAAUAUUGUGUAAGGUUUACUCAAAGUUGAAUAAAAAAGGGGAUGCCACAA